AAAGAAGCCGUUCACCGACUGUUUCAGGAUGAAAAUCUUCCAGCUUCUCUGCAUGUGCCUCCUGCCAGGAGUGCUGUGCAGCAACCAGAAGUUUACAAAACUGGAGGGAGAAAGCAUCUUUUUUGGCUGCGCUUUCAACCCACCUCAAGGCAACAAAUUCUUCUUAAAGAAAGGGCGAAGCAGUGAAAACUUUCUGACUGAUGUCAGUAACAGCAGCACACGGAGUGGCAGAUACAGCACUGGAUAUGAGAACGGCAUCUUUUAUGUAAGCAUUUCACAGCUGAAAAGAUCUGACUCCGGACACUACAGGUGCGGCGUGGGCAACGCUUCCUCUCCAGAUUUACAGCGAGAUUUUGAACUCAGUGUUACAGAUGAAAUGUGUGAUGGAAGCACUGCCCUCAACAGUCCAGGAGUUCCACUUUACAGCCAAGCUAAAGGGGGGAGCAUCAGAGUCAAGUGCUCUUUUACUUUGGCUGAACUCUACAACUUGUUUUUCUGUAAAAACAAAUGCAAGACGCAGGAUGUUCUGGUUGAAACCAGCGGAUUCACGGCUCAGAGUGGCAGAUUCGGGAUUGAAUAUGAGAAGAAAGGAAUGUUUCAUGUCACCAUUUCAAAUCUGUCCCUGUCCGAUUCAGGACUCUACAGUUGUGGAGUUAAUGUCUUUUCUGCACCAAACCCAUGUAAUGCAUUUGAAAUCAGAGUUAAAACUGUUUCAGACACAGCAGCAGGUCCGUCGCCAGGUCGAGAUGUCACUAAGGAUGUGAGACAAGGUCAUCCAGGCCAUCCAGAUCAUCCAGGUCAUCCAGGCCAUCCAGAUCACAGCUUUGCACUGAUCGUUUGUCUGACUGUGUUUGCUGUGAUGUCCAUUUUCCUGCUGUUCUUCCUCUGCAGAAAGAAGAUAAACAGAUUAAACAUCACAGAAUCCUUCAGAAGUGACUAUAUUGAGUGUGACUGAUAUUGAGUUGUGGUGAGAAUGGACUUCAUCUUCCAGUCCAGCAGACAUCAUUUCAAACCAUCUCAACAAGCACAAACAAUCUUUCUGACAAGUCCUAUUAUCAGAUAGUCCUAAAACACAACACAGAAACAGCAAAACUCUUAAACACUUCAUAAACAGUGAUCAUAACACAACAUUUUUUUCUUAUAUUUGCAGAGUGGCCUGUCCCUGAUUUCAUCAUGCAGCUAAUCCACAACCUAAGCUCUUUACAGAUACAAAUUUGUUUAUUUUGUUUCCUUCCUUCUAAACUCACUUUUUCAAAUAAUCUCUGACAACAAUCACUUUGGACAUGGGUGAUUUUUCUGUGAGAUUUUAAAGAACUCUGUGGUCUUAAGAUUAUAGAUAGUCCUCUUCUUUAGCUUCAAGGACAAAGUUUUCAUGAUUUCAUAAAAAGAAAAAAAAAUCUCCCAGAGAGCACUGCAGCAUCUCUGGAUUUUAUCUUUGUACAUUUUCAUUUUAACUUGUGGAUCCAUUGAUGAACUGUGUCGACCCAUACUAUGAGAGAACCCUGAACCCACCCCAUACUAUCAGAGAACCCUGGACCCACCCCAUACUAUCAGAGAAUCCUGAACCCACCCCAUACCAUCACAGAACCCUGAACCCACCCCAUACCAUCACAGAACCCUGAACCCACCCCAUACUA